ACGAUCUAGAAGACAUCUAAACUGAAGAAAAACCCAAAAACUUUAUCUUCCUGUUUCGCCGGGGUGUGUGGCUAUCUUCCCCUGUCUCUUCCAUCUUUGACCUGAAAACCCUAAUUUUCAUUCACUUCUAUGAACUUCACACUUACACCCACUCUUUAAACCCAUAUCCCGACUGAAUGACCUCCUCAUGCCUUUAUUAGGUAUCUCUAUUCCACAAUCAUCGUUCAGGAACAACCCGUAUUCAGUCGGAUUCCAGAAACUUCAUCAUGUUUCCUUUCUAUCUACCGGUUCCAGAUGGAGAUAUUUUCACAAUCCGGUCAGCGGUCAGGUGAACCGUGUUGGACUUAUUAUUCGGGCAGUUGCAACCCUAGAACCUAGGGCUACUGAUAAGAAGAUUGUAAAUGUUCCGGUUACUGAUGAUAAAGAUAAUGAGAAAGAUAAACCCCCGGUUCAAGAUGAUAAGGAGUUGUUGAGACGGAAUCGGAUUUCGAAGGCGAAUAAAGGGAAAGAAGCUUGGAAUAAGGGGGUUAAGCAUAGUCCGGAAACGGUGGCGAAGAUACGUGAGAGGACGAGGCUAGCGAUGCAGUCUCCGCAGGUCAAGAUGAAAAUGCUUAAGGGCAUACAUAAUCAAACUCAAGAAACAAGAUUAAAGAUUGCGGCUGCAGUCAAGUCCACGUGGGACAGGAGGAGGUUCAAUCAGAGGAUGAUAGCACGGUGUUACCAUGAGUGGCUUAAUCUACUUGCAGAAGCUUCUAGAAAGGGCCUUGGUGGCGAAGAAGAACUGCAGUGGGACUCCUAUGAGAUAAUUAACGAACAGCUCGGUAAGGAGUUUCGAGAAGGUAUGGAAUCAAGAAAGGAGAAGCGUGGGUCGGGACCAGGAGUAAGAGCGCCCAAAACCCUUGAGCAACGAAGGAAAAUCUCGGAGGCCAUUGCUGCCAAAUGGGCUGACCCUGCAUACCGCGAUCGGGUUUACUCUGGCAUGGCUAAACGCUGUGGCAAAAAUUCUUCUGCAACUAGAGAUCCAGAAUGGGGGACGAAAAAUAAGGAACCUAAAAAGGUCAAACCCGUGAAAAUGACUGACGGGUUAUAUAAUGUCAAGAUUAGAAGUCAACCGACCAAGUCAAAGACAAGUAGCGGUCCUAUAAAGAUGCCACAGGCUAGAUUCAAGGAUCCGCAGGCGAGAUACAAGUUAGAAAUGAUAAAAAGUAUUAGAGCACGUAGAGCAGCUUCAGAUCCUAAAAUAAGCGAAGCUAUCUUAAGAGCCAAUAUUUUAAUUAGUGAAGCUCAGAGAGCUGCGGAUGCAUUAGAGGCUGCCGCUGCAAAGAGUCCAAUGGCUAAAGCUUCAUUAAUUGAAACCCGGAAGUUGAUUGCUGAAGCGAUGAGUUAUAUCAAGUCCGUAGAGACGGUUAAUAAUGGAUCUUUAGGGGCUGAUUCUGACGAGGAGGAGAUAGCUGAAGGUGUAAAGGAAAUAGAACAAGAAGAACGAGUGAACGGAACCCCAUCUGUAGAAAUUGCGAAGCUUGGUGAGGUGGGCCUGCAAGUGAAUGUGAAUGGAACAGCUCGUGUUGAUCUAUCUUCAUCACCAUCAUCCUCUUCCUCAUCAUCGUCAUCAAUAGAUUCAAUAUUGUCAUCAUCUUCUUCAUCGUCAUCAUGGAGUGAUUCGAGUUUGAAGAGGAAGGAAGUGAAAAAAGAUGGUGAGAAACAGGAAAAAAGAGGCAAAGGAAGAAGAUGGAUUUGUGGGAGGCUUGUUGAAGUUGAAGAUGAAGAUGAAGAUGAAAGAUGAGGACCAGUAGUAGUAGUAGUAGUUAUGGUAGUUGUUUGUACAAGUAUAAUAUUAUUCUAGACUCAAAAGCAUAUGAUGUUUUGCCCUUUAUGAUCUAUGCUUCCAACUUUUUGUCCUCUCA